CCGAGAAAUCCGUCGGAACUCCGUCAUUUCCGCUUCCGGAACCUCUGCAUCUUCUUCUUUGGUUAGUUUGAUUCGUAUUCGAAUAUGAUAAAAUCUUUGGGGGUUUUGUUCUCAGGAAUGACUCGAGUUACAGACCCAAAGGAUCUAACAGCAGAAGAACCGGGGGAAAUUCAUCCAUCGACCGGAGCUUCAAAUGGGUCUGAUGUUGCUGUAAGCAUUCCGAUAGAAGCUUCUUCAGAUGCGGCUGUAACAGUUCCAAUAGAAGCUUCCGAUGCUGCCGACAUAGAUCCAACAGAGGAUCCCGUAGAAGGAGAUACAUAUGAGGAUGAUGAUGUCUCCCAACCACUGCCACCAGAGAGUAUGUUCUUCAGUCCAACUGAGUACACUAAGGUCUGCAAAAUAGGAAGAAGGUGUCAAUUGGGCCAAACAGUGGCAAUGAUAGAGAAAUUUGAUGCAGAAUUGAGGUGGUUCCACGAAGAUGGUGAGAGAGUGUUGGUUUGUGGUGAAUGGAGUGCUAUAAGGUAUUCUAUGAAAGAGCAUGCGUUGUUGACCGGGUUGGACUGCAAUGAGUACCCGAAAAAUCUUGAGAAUAUUGGCAGUUUAAAGUUUGUUAUGAAGAUGUUUGGGAGGACGGAUAAAAUCAAAAUUAAAGACGUGGAAGAGAAGCUAGAAGAGUUCAAGGAUUAUGAGUGUGUUGCUAGAAAGAAGUUGACAAUCUUGUUAUUUUUAUGCAAGGUUCUGAAAGCAGAUUCAAAAGUGUAUGGAAGGGAUCCGGAGAGUGAUGAAGAACAUGAAAGGGUCAGUAAAAUCAAAAGCUCAAACAAGCUUUUAUGGAUUCAUUACCCAUCUUUAGCUGGGAAAGAGCAGGACAGUAAGAAGAAGAAGACGAGGAACCAGAAGAGGAAGCAUAGUGGGGCGACAAUCGAAACAGGGAAAAAGCGACCAAGGAAGGAUUGGAAGUUUAAGGAGGAGCCGUUUACAUCAGAGGGUAAGGGCCAGAAGGGGAAGGGGCAGAAGGGUAAGAGAAGACAGAAGAAAUAGGAUGGGAGUGAUGCUUAUUGUUAAUAUUCUUUUCAUAUUUUGUUUGCCUCCAAAAUACUUUCAUAACUCUGGUUUUUUUGUGGUUUAGUGUUGAUGAUACCUAUAAGGUAUUUUGUUUAAUUUGGGAUUAGGACUAUGAUUUGUAUUUUGGGAUUUGGAUUGAAACCCUUUAUUUGAUGUUCAAGUACUUAUCUAUUUUGGGUUUUGGAUUCAGAUUUUAGUCUGUCUAGUAAUAUAAUGCAGCUGGUCCA